CCGCUUUCUUGUGCAAAUUCUGCAGUAUAUAUUAACUCUGCUCACUUCAUACUAAAAUAAACCGACUAAGUUUGUUUUCUAAGCGACCUGAAGCAAAAUGGCAACAUCUCAACAAGAGGUGGACUGGCAAUCGACGAAGAAGACGGUGUUAGAACGAAGUCGUCAUAUGUUUAAUAAUCCGUUCAUGAGCGAUAUCGCGUUCAGUUGUGAAGGCUCAGACAAGAAAUUCUUCGCACAUAAAUAUGUCCUCGCCACAAGUAGUGCUGUAUUUUAUGCGAUGUUUUACGGCGAGCUGGCAGAGAAGAAUUCAGUUGUUCAUCUGAGCGAUACGGACGAGGAAAGUCUGGAGGAAUUUCUACGGUUUCUUUACACGGACCAGUGUAACUUGACAACAGAUAAUGCCGUGGGUGUAUUGUACUUGGCCAAGAAGUAUAUCGUGCCCUCUCUCGCUCAGAAAUGUUUUGAAUAUUUUGACGCCAACUUCGCAGUAGAAAAUGUUUUCAUAAUUUUACAGCAAGCAAUUCAAUUUGACGAAAAUAAACUUGAGGAGAAAUGCUGGAAUUUAAUAGAUUUGAAAACAAGCGAAGCUGUCGCUUCUGAUGGAUUUUGUGACAUUAAUCAAGCAACUUUAGUAGAGUUAGCGAAGCGAGAACCGUUGAACGUCGAAGAGGUUGAUCUUUUCAAAGCAGUUUUAAAAUGGAGCGAAGCGGAAUGCUCUAGGAAGGGAAUAGAAGCGAAUGCAAAGAACAAACGAGCCGCCAUGGGAAAUGCAAUCUAUCAAAUACGUUUUGCUUCUAUGACGCUUCAAGAUUUGGCUCAGAAUGUUUCCCAGUCGGGUAUACUUACACUAGAAGAAAUCGUUCUAUUCUAUGAGAAAUUGGGCGGAGCAGAAAAAACGUCCGAAGUAUGGAAUAUGUCAAAAACAAGAGCAAAAGAAGAUAUCAUACUAAGAUGUUGCAGAUUUGAUAGCUAUGGCCUUUAUGGAAUCGAGAUCGCAGUGAGCACUUGGGUGGACACACUAGGUAUGUCAUUUAGUAAGCCAGUGAAAUUUUACGGUGUUCGCUUGCUUGGCAGCAAACAGGAUGAAUACAAUGUGAAGUUAGAGGUUUUGUCUCGGAUAAUUGAACGGAAAUUUCUUUCAGAACAGGAUAAUCGUGGCGCACGUGAAGGGUUUGAUGUCAUGUUACCAGUACCAACUACGGUUCAAGCUAACGUUCCUGUUAAUCUGAAAGCCACCAUAACCGGCCGUCGUUACUCUCUUGAUAGGGCGUGUGUGAGAAAGACAGUAGAAAUAAAUGGUAUUACUAUAAAUUUUAAAAUGUUGCAUACUAACAGUCAUUUUGAUAAAAUUAUCUUCAGUGAAAUGUUUAAAUGAGAUGCAACUUUCUUACGAUUUUUAAGAUAACCGAUGGUGUAAACAUUGUUAAUCACAUUUCAAUACAAAAUGGGAAGAAAAUAGAUGGAGAAAUGGCAAAGAGGUUGACAAUAGCUAUGCCACAAGGAGAUUAAAUAGAAUAUCACUAAUUUUGAGGGCUGUAGGGACAAACUGAAAAUUAAAACAGGAUCAAAACUUGGCAUCUUUAGGGGUGACUAUUUGAUUUUUGAUGGACGGGAUGCAAAAAAUAUAUUGCAGAAGAAAAAAUAUUCAGCAAUACAUUUUUAUAUGUGCUCAAGAAAUGUAAAAACCGGCCCUCCUGCCCCAUCAAAAAUUAAAAGUUGAAGUCCUGUUAGGGGUUUUACGUAUAAGCUAUACUUUUCCAAACUAUUUUAGUUAUAAAGUAUUAAAAACGAUGGACUUUGGGGUAUAAAUUACAAACUAUUACUGACGACUCUUCAAAAUAGAUAUUUUGUGUUGCAUUUAAUUGUGAUAUUAAUUGUCAAUAGUGACCAACAGUGGUCAAUAGUUAUCGCUUCUAAUGUCUCUAAUUCGACUAUCGAUCAGACCUCGAGGUCGAUCAGACCUCUAGUGUCUCUGGUAGUCGUGGAUGGGGCUUUGUUUAUUGUGUUUACACUACUGAUAUCAACAUACUACAUGAUUUUCGUGAAUGAAUGAGCGUGCUUAUAUGAGCAUACCGGAUUUUGGUUUGCUUAUGAGAACGCCCGUAUAUAUACCAAAACACUGUAAUAUGCUGCUGAGCAUGUGUAUGAGCAUACUGCAAAACUUUAGGUAUUCGUUAUAGCGACGGCGGUUUGUGGCUUUCACGAAUAUCGGAUUUCGCCAUACCUUGCAGCCUAGGCGGUUUGUCGCUAUUACGAAUACGGAAUAUCGGAUUUCGCCAUACCUUGCAGCCCAGGCGGUUUGUGGUUAUAAAGGAUUUCGGCAUAUCUUAUAGCCACGACGGUUUCUGGCUGUGAAUGAUUAAAAUGACAUACAUGCCAUUUAAUAGUUGAAAAUCUAAGAUGAAUCCAUUCUUUUUGGAACCAUAUAUAGAAACGCCUUUGCGAGAUUUUACACAUCAACCUCCUCCAGUAAAUCAUCGUUGUCCUAAAUCGAAACUUAGUCUGCGAUUGGAAGGGCGGUCGUCUCCCCUCCCUCGCCUCCCCCAGCCUCCCCGGCCCUGGCUACGCCACUCAUUUCAGAGAAUGUAAGGUGAUGCACAUUGUCAUAAACUUCAAUCUCGACACAAGACAACCUCGACUUGCCUCCCGGGAAAAUUUUGAAAUCUAGAGUCCCUGAAAUGUGAUUUCAAGGCAUUUUGGGGUGAAAUUUUGCAGAGUUUCGAAGAUUAUGAAGUACAUCAAAAACAUGAUUUUGUUUACCAGAUAUUUCUCCUCGGAACUAAAUAGAUUGCCUGGAAAACACACCUUGGAAAACUGGAGGAGGGGACCGCGUCGUCUUACUUCACCUCUGUGCGUGAUGCUGGGGGGAGACUCCCAAACUACUCUACUACACGUAAAAAUCUCACAACUUGUCAACAAGAUGUGUUCGCAACAGGCUUGUGGCAAGCUUGUCAACAAGUUGUAACAAUGCUGUUAUUUUAUCAAGUUGCUACAGGGUUGUCACUCACAACUUGUCGUGAAAUUGUUGAAUUGCAGGACGAUAACAAGUUGUUAGAACAACUUGCAACAAGACUAUGGAGCUCAACAACCUUGUAGCAAGUUAUCAACAACCCGGGAACAACUUGUCAACAAGCUGGGAACAAGCAGUGCUAACAUAUCCUGUUGACAAGUUGUUGGAACAACAUUGCUACAAGUCUGCUGCAGGUUUGUUACAACUUGUGCGUUUUUACGUAUGUAGCCCGUCUCACAGACCUUACAAUUAGUAAUGACGCAUUUCACGCAUUUUUUUGAAUAAGUAUAAAAAUGUAUGUGUCGAGACUGGUCAUUCGUUAAUACAAACUCAGUCAAAAAGGAAAUAUAUCAAAAGCACGCCUAGGUGUGUUUUAUCAUAUUUAGAAUGCAAAGGCAUUUUAAUUAACUGAUAAAACACAACUACAAGUGUUGUGAGUUGCUUAAAAUACGACUAGAACAGUCAGAUGCCACUCUCAUUGUCAUCUUUCAAGAAAAAUGAGGAUUGAAUUUCAAGUUUCGAUUUUAAUGCAAAUACUUCCGCUUUCUUGUGCAAACUCUGCAGUGUAAAACUCUGCUCACAUUAUACUAAAAUAUACCAACUAAGUUUGUUUUCUAAGCGACCUAAAGCAAAAUGGAAAAGGCUUCGCAACAAGAGCUGGACUGGCAAUCGACGAAGAAGACGGUGUUAGAACGAAGUCGUCAUAUGUUUAAUAAUCCGUUCAUGAGCGACAUCGCGUUCAGUUGUGAAGGCUCAGACAAGAAAUUAUUCGCACAUAAAUAUGUCCUCGCCACAAGUAGUGCUGUAUUUUAUGCGAUGUUUUACGGCGAGCUGGCAGAAAAGAAUUCAGUUGUUCAUCUGAGCGAUACGGACGAGGAAAGUCUGGAGGAAUUUCUACGAUUUCUUUAUACGGACGAGUGUAACUUGACAACAGAUAAUGCCGUGUUUGUAUUGUACUUAGCCAAGAAGUAUAUCGUGCCCUCGCUCGUUCAGAAAUGUUUUGAAUAUUUUGACGCCAGCUGUGCAGCAGAAAAUGUUUUCAUACUUUUACGCCAAGCAAUUCAAUUUGACGAAAAUAAACUUGAGGAGAAAUGCUGGGAUUUUAUAGAUUUGAAAACAAGCGAAGCUGUCGCUUCUGAUGGAUUUUCUGAUAUUAAUCAAUCAACUUUAGUGCAGUUUUUGAAGCGUGAACCGUUGAACGUCGAAGAAGUUGAUCUUUUCAAAGCAGUUUUAAAAUGGAGCGAAGCGGAAUGUUCAAGGAAGGGAAUAGAAGCGAAUGCAAAGAACAAACGAGCCGCCAUGGGAAAUGCAAUCUAUCAAAUUCGUUUUGUUUCUAUGACCCUUCAAGAUUUGGUUCAGAAUGUUUCCCAAUCGGGUAUACUUACACUAGAAGAAAUAGUUUUAUUCUAUGAGAAAUUGGGCGGAGCAGAAAGAACGUCCAAAGUAUGGAAUAUGUCAGAAACAAGAGCGAAAGAAGAUAUCUUACUAAGAUGUGGUAUAUUUGAUAGAUAUUAUGGAAAUUGUAGAUUUCCGGCGAUCGUUGAGAACACUUGGGAGGACACGCUAGGUAUAUCAUUUAGUAAGCCAGUGAAAUUUCACGGUGUUCGCUUGCUUGGCAGAAAACAGAAGGAAUAUAACGUGAAGUUAGAGGUUUGGUCUCGGAUAAUUGAAAAGAAAUUUCAUUCAGAGCCGGGUAAUCGUGGCAUGUCUGGGUUUGAUGUCAUGUUACCAGUACCAAUUAAGGUUCAAGCCAAUGUCCCGGUUCAUCUGAAAGUCACCAUAACCGGCUGUCCUUGCUAUUGGUACUCGCAUGUGAGAAAGACAGUAGAAACAAAUGGCAUUACUGUAAAUUUUGAAAUCGAGAAAAAGAGUCAGUUUGAAGGAAUUAUUUUCAGUGAAAAUUUAAAUGAGAUGCGGCAUUCUUACGAUUUUUUAGAAUGAUGGUGUAAACACUGUUAAUCACAUUUCAAUACAAAAUGGGAAGAAAGUCAGGAUGGAGAAAUGACAAAGGGGUUGGCAAUAACUAUGCCAUAGAGAGAUUAAAGAGAAUUACACUCAUUUUGAGGGCUGUAGGGACAAAUUGAAAAAUAUAACAGGAAACUUGGCAUCUUUAGGAGCGACC